AUGGGUGGCAGGACUAUGUCAGGGCUCCUGUCUGGAGUGGCUGUGGUCCUCCUGGUGCUUCUGCAGAGCACACAGUCAGUCUACAUCCAGUACCAGGGCUUCCAGGUCCAGCUGGACUCCGUGAAGAAACUGAGUGACCUGGAGAGGCAGUGGGUGAUCAGCCCCCGCCUGCAGGCCCAGGGCCUCCUGCCCACCCCGUGCUACCACCUGGCCCUGCCGCCCGACCUCCAGCCCAUCUGUGCCUCCAGGGAGGCCUCCAGCAUCUUCAAGGCCUUGAAGGCCAUCGCCAGUGACAACUGUGAGCUGUGUGAGAAUGCCGCCUGUACCGGCUGCCUCUGA